AUGACCAACACUAUUGUCUGCGAUGCAUUGGUCGUAGGUGCAGGCAUAGGCGGCAUCUACCAAACCUUCAAACUUCACGAGUUAGGCCUGAAGACAGUAUGCAUCGACAGGGCCCCGGAAGUCGGGGGAACGUGGUACUGGAAUCACUACCCGGGUGCCAUGAGUGACACCGAGAGCUAUCUCUAUCGCUAUUCGUGGGACAAAGAGGACUUGCGCACCUACACAUGGCAGACACGCUAUCUAUACCAACCUGAAAUCCUCAAAUACCUCAAUCACGUCGUGGAGAGGCACGGCCUGCGCAAGCACCUCAGACUGAGCACGUUGAUGGAAACAGCAACCUGGGUCGAGAGGGAACAAAGAUGGAGAGUCGAGUGUGGUACAGGGGUUGUGUUCAGCGCUCGGUAUCUUGUCAAUGCUCUUGGGAUCCUUUCAGAGCCUAACAUUCCCAACAUUCCAGGUAUUGAGAGCUUCAGUGGCCACCUCAUUCAUACUGCAGCCUGGCCUGAUAUCGACCUCUGCAGUAAACGCGUGGGAGUCAUUGGCAACGGAUCGACUGGCAUCCAGCUUAUGACCGCUCUCGCUCCAAAGGUGAAGAGGCUUGUCUCCUUCCAGAGAAGUCCCCAGUACUCGGUUCCGAGCGGCCAAGGACCUGUUUCCAAAGAAGACCGAGACUGGAUCAACGAAAAUUACGACAACAUCUACGAUGCUGUCUGGAAAUCUAAAAAUGGCCAUGGAAUUCCUGAGGUCACCCGUCCUACUAUGUCUGUCUCCGCGGACGAGAGACAAAAGAUCUUCCAAGAGUGCUGGGAUAAGGGUAACGCAUUCCGGUUUAUGUUUAGUACAUUUGGAGAUCUUACCACGAGCGUGGAAUCAAACCAGGAGGCCUGCAAAUUCAUCCACUCCAAGAUCGACGAGGUUGUCAAGGACCCCAGGAAGGCAGAAGCUCUUAAACCUACAGAGCUAUAUGCUAGACGCCCAUUGUGCGAUACCGGUUAUUAUCAGAUCUUCAACCGUGACAAUGUUGAUGUCGUCAGUCUACGAAGGAAUCCCCUCAAGGAGAUUGUGCCCAGCGGGAUCAAGCUUAGCGACAAUACCACGAUUGAACUCGAUGCUCUGAUUCUGGCCACCGGAUUUGAUGCCCUGGAAGGCAGCUAUUUGCGGGUCUGCAUCAAAGGCCAAGAGGGCCGGACGCUCAAGGAUCACUGGAGAGGUGGCGCCAGCGCAUACUUGGGCGUGGCCUGCGCGGGAUUUCCCAACAUGUUCCUGAUUUCUGGGCCUCAAGGUGCCUUCGCAAACUUCCCCUGUGCAAUUGAGGCCGAGGCCAACUUCAUUACAGAGUGCAUCGCACACGCGGAGAAACAGGCGGCAAGAAGCACAUCAGGUGCAGUGCCUGCGUCAAUUGCAGUGAAACCACCGGCAGAGCAAGAGUGGCUCAGUUUGUGUGACAAACUCACUCAAGGUUCCCUUUUCAAGACAGCAAAAAGCUGGAUCUUCGGUGAGAAUGUUGAUGGAAGGUCACCUAAGGUCAAGUUUUACUUUGGAGGUCUGGCUGAGUAUAUUGCCCGAACGAAGGAAGAAGUCCAAGCAGGAUUCCCAUCUUUUUUCGUCAACGAGGCUGGCCUCACCCUCACCAACGGGGUGGGUGAUGAGCUUGAGCAGAGGCUGUGA